AUGACUUCACUAUGCAGGUGGAACGAUACCCAGAAAUUUAUUUUCUCGAAGAGGAAACUCUCAGGUUCGGCGGCCAUGUUUGUAAAGUCAGAAAGAGGUCGUUGGAUAUUCGGCAGCGUUCUAUGCCACCUGGUGCCUUACGCACAAGCCACGAGUGUGUACAUCAGUUCGUUCACGCUCACUUCAAUAGCUGUGGACAGAUUUUUUGUCAUCAUCUAUCCAUUCAAACCGAGGAUGAAGCUGACGACCUGCGUCGGGAUCAUCGCGUCCAUCUGGGUAUCGUCGCUCGUCCUGACUCUCCCGUACGGCAUAUACAUGCACCUUAUGGGAGAACACCUGUGCGAAGAAGACUGGCCUUCGGAAAACUUCAGACAGACGUUCGGAGGCAUGACAAUGAUACUCCAGUUCGUCAUUCCAUUCCUGGUCAUCUCGUUCUGCUACGUCCGAGUCUCGGUCAAACUGAACGACAGGGCUCGGAGUAAACCCGGAGCGAAGACGAGCAGGAAAGAAGAAGCCGAUCGUGAGAGGAAAAGGCGGACGAACAGGAUGCUCAUUGCCAUGGUGACGAUCUUCGGUGUCUCUUGGCUUCCCCUCAACCUUAUCAACCUCCUCAACGACAUACAUAUUCCCACUGGCCUCUGGCAGUACUACAAUCUGUGUUUCUUUCUCGGCCACGCUAUCGCUAUGUCGUCGACAUGCUACAAUCCAAUACUCUAUGCCUGGCUCAAUGACAACUUCAGGAAAGAAUUCAAACAGAUACUGCCGUGCUUCAGCGCGUCAAGCCAAGGCUCGGGCCGUCUCGGAAAUUGGAGGAGCGAAAGAACCUGCAAUGGGAACGAAACGUGCCAAGAGACACUUCUCCCAACGUCUGUCGUUCUGCCCAGUUCGAAACCAUCGCCGCCGUUGGUACAUAUCAAUACGGAAGACUCCACGGACGGGCGGAAUAAUCGGCUUAAAAGCCACGAUAGCGUCGAGGUCGUUCUCGUGGCGUACACGGCUGGCGAGGAAGUCGUGCACAUCGACAAAAUGGACCAAGAACAACCAAAGGUGCCUCGAUACGUUCUGUAGCUGGUCUACAAUUAGAAGGAAUAUAAAUAAAACACCACUGAACCAAAGGAAGGCGACUUAGUGAAUAGAUGUAACUUUAAAAUGUAAUUUAUUGUGAUUCUAAAUAUUUUCUAAAAAGGUAUAAAAACAAGUUGUUAUUUAACAUAAGAAGUGCUGCUAUUAUAGUUGUGAUUGUUACUUUUUUCAUAAUGAAAAAAAGGUGUUAAUAGAAUAUUGUAAUUAUUUGAAAUGGCUAGAAUAAGGGAUUUUAGCCAUGUCAAAUCGGGUCGAUCGGGGCUUUAUGAAGGAGUCUCGAAAUAAAGACCGCACGAGUAUGACAGAUCCUGAGUCCGGUAGACGAAUUUCAAAUUUUUCUACUUGUAGAUUUCUAAAGUACCAGAUCGCUUCGUAUGUACAUUUAAAUAUUAAAAAUGAUUUAAUCUUUAACUCCCGAGUAGGACUUUGGUGUAGCUUUAAUUUAUGUAAAAUGUGAAACAAAAAUUUUAUAUUAAUGUGUUGUAAUUAAAAGUAGAUUAAACAAUAACAAACAACCACUCGCCAGUGUUUUAAUUUGGAUAAAACAGGAAAAUGUAUACAAUCUGUAUAGAAAACACAAUUGGAGUUUUAAUUUCGAUAUGUAUUGUAAAGCCUGCGCUCAACUAGAUACGAUAUUUUGGUGUUGUCUGUCAUUGUAAAUAAAAUAUAAAUAGAUGUUAAAUAUUCUGCACAAAUGCACUUUAAAAGAAAAUAAUUAUUAUCACUGGAAAAUUAUUAUUACGUAGAAAUAUAUAAAAACAAUGAAUUAAUAUAA